AGAAUGGAGAGGACCAUGUGUUUCCCUCUGUUGCUGCUGAUCUGCUCUCUCUCUACGGCUCAGCUUCAGUCUGACAAUAAAAUUGUUCCACAUCAUGCUGAAUCCCAGGGAGGAGAACCAACAAAUGUGUCUGAGCACCAACAGACCUGUCCUCAAGACAUCCACGCUGUGCUGAGAGAGAUGAGCGCCUCUUUGGCUGAACAGAGGGUGGAGACGAGGCACCUUCAGAGAGAGAAUGAAGCACAGGCAGCUCAGCUGAGAGAACUGGAGUUACAGAAGACUGAGAUGGACAUGUUGAAGCUACAGCAACAAGCACAAAACGCUAAGCUGGAGUUACAGAAGACUGAACUGGAGAAGCAGAAGAUCGAGGGGGAGAUACAGAAGACUGAACUGGAGAAGCAGAAGACUGAGGGGGAGAAGCAGAAGAUCGAGGGGGAGAAGCAGAAGACUGAACUGGAGAAGCAGAAGACUGAACUGGAGAAGCAGAAGAUCGAGGGGGAGAAGCAGAAGGUCGAGGGGGAGAUACAGAAGACUGAACUGGAGAAGCAGAAGAUCGAGGGGGAGAUACAGAAGACUGAACUGGAGAAGCAGAAGACUGAACUGGAGAAGCAGAAGACUGAGGGGGACAAGUUAAAGCAACAACUUCAAGUACAAGCAGCAGAGCUGAUCACUGUGAAAGCCAGGUCAAAUGUCACAGAAAACCAGGUGGAGGCUCUGAAGAGAGACGGAGAAGUCAAACAGGUGGCUUUCUCAGCCUCUCUGUUGGCUUCAGGCACAGAAACAAUCGGACCAUUUAACACUGAAUCUAAUCUGGUCUUCAGAUACCUCUUCUCAAACAUUGGGAAUGCCUACAACCCAAACACAGGUUUUUUCAUUGCACCAGUGAGAGGAGCCUACCACUUUGAGUUCUACGUAUACGGUCACGGUCAUCCGACACAUGCUUCAGGUGCUACGUUGUUCAAGAACGGAGAGAGAGUUUGUAUUGCAUAUGAACAUCAGACUUCAGGUACGGUAAAAUCUUCUAAUGGUGCCACGCUGCUUCUGGAGGUCAGAGAUGUUGUGUUUUUGCGUUUGUGGGGAGACUGCAAGAUAUAUGACAAUGUACAUCGUCAUAGCACCUUUAGUGGUCAUCUACUUUUCACCAUGUGAAAAAAUAAACCGUUUUUAUUUUGUGUCAGUACUUGUUGAAAAAGGUGUAAUUUGUUUUUCCUUAAUAUGAACACUGUACAAUACACUUUUUAAUCAAAAAUAUGUGUGCAUUUUUUGUUCAGUUUUGUUGAGGGAUUUGCAUGAAAUACAGUGAUAAACAGAAACAGAAAACUCGUACCAGAUUUUGAACAU